GAUACAUGCCAUCACUUAGUGAGCCUUGACUUUGAUGUUACUCUAGGGAGGCCUAGCUGUUAGCUUCCAACCUACAUUUCGUGAUUAAUACUCGGUACCAUGGAAACUACAACCAGCCCCCGGGCAUCAGAGACCCAGCCUCGAAAGAGGAGAGGUCGGAAUAGUGAUAUUCGGAAGGAACAGAAUAGGAUAGCAUCCAGAGCCUAUCGAGAAAAGCGAAGACAAAAGCUAGCGUUAUUAGAUGAGAUCCUGAAAGAUAGCCAUCCUGACUCAAUGAGCUCCGUCUCGGACGAGACAGAGUCACCAGCGCCCGAGUUUUGUACGAUGGAAUCAAACCGUGCAACUAGGAAUUCGUCACAUAGCCCAACACCGUACUUUAUGUCCACUGUUCCAGCCAUACCAUCAGUGCCCUUGCCAUCGAAUGGCCCAAGUCACGAUGCAGAUGCCUACGUUAGUUACCUGGUGAAAGACUACGUCCAAGAUGCCGAGAGGCUGGCCACCCAUACACACAACCCUAACACUCCAGCAAUCGGGAUGAGCACUGGCUACGUCUCAUCUCUCCCACCCAUAUCGCCGAUGCCAUCUACACCAAUGUUUCCAUUCGACGAGGACUUUAUGGGUGAUCCUUUUACCACCUAUCCCUUACCAGGCAGUAGCGUCACAAGUUUCCCGAAUCCAAAUUCGGGCUAUGACUCGAACAUGAUCAACGCAUUACAGAGCCUUUCAAGACUAGAUGAUAACCAACAGCAACAAAUCUUGGCCAUCUUACAGAAGAAGAGAAGCGCCUUGCAACCUGCCGCAGCUGAUCAUGCCCUUGAUCUUACUUAUAAUACUUACCAGGUCCCUGUCCCACGAUCGAGCACACUACCAGGUAUGAAGAUAAUCGACAGCUGGUAGUUGGUCUCUAGAGUCUCUGACACAUCAACAGGUCACUUACUAUCUAGUGAAGACGUUGUGCAACAGACAAGGAGGUUACCCUGAACCGUAUGCUCCUAAGAGGACUGACGCCCUUAUUGGCUAGUCUGGACAAGGCAGCUAGACAUGACCUGCCACUCGGCCCAAGCCCGGCUAAUGACAUCGAAGUACAGUACCAUCGAUUUCCCGAACGCAUU